ACGAACGAGAGCAGUUCGCAGCAGCGGGUAGAACAAACGGUCUAAUAACAGUUCAACAACAACGCACUAGGGCAAACAGCACUUGCUGCAAGCAAGCAGAAGUGCAGGCCGAGAGCGCAAAUUGGGAGCAUCAAGGCAAAGUAGCUGAAGUAAAGUGCUUCUAAAAAGAAAACAAAAAAAAAAAAAACAAAGUGCGAAUUAAAAUAAAAUUUAUACGUGAAAGUGGUGUAAACAACGGGCAUGUUGUGCAAACUCAAGAAAUAACAAAUACAAAAGUGGUGCAAAAUAAAAACACAGGAAAUUUGACUCCAGAUACAGACAAAAUUUUGUGGCUUCGACCGAAAAAGUCGCGAAAAUCUACAAAACAACAUUUGCGAAAUGCAUUGAAAUAGUUGUAGGAAGUGUUUAACUGUAGAACGCGUUGCAACAGAGUAAACGCUGCGGCUUAAAGGAACCUUUGUGGUGAAAUCUCUUUUUUUAUACCUAGCGGUUGUUUGUGUAUUUGCUGGUUUUCUAAUUGAACUACUUUCGCAAGUAAAUAUUUCUGAUAAUAGAAACAUUGUCAACGCAACUAUUGUGGUGACAGCGGCAGCACAGCCAGCAACACCAUAAGCAGCAGGAAAAGCGCCUACAACCAAAACGCAGGCAACAACGACGGCAGCGACGAUAACAACCGACGCUUGAAAAUGUCAACACUUCCGUUUUUGUUGAGCGUCGCCGAUGAGCUCGAUAACCUCAACUCCCAGUCGUACAUGGACGACUUCGGGCUGGGCUUCCAUCCGCAUCGCCAAUACUAUCGCACGCCCACUAUACAAUUGUCCUUACCCGCCAGCACCGACUGGAUGGAGCACGAGCGUUCGCAACGCUGUCGCUCACACAAAUUCGUCUUCGAAACACAAAACAAUCUAACCGCCACAGCGGAGGGUGAUGAGACGGACGCCACCGAUGAGGCUGGCAAUGGUGGUGGCACGCUAGAUGCUGGCGCCGGUGGCAUGGUCACAGAUAAUGCAUACACCGAACGCUAUGGCAGUGGCGCGAGCACAUCGGCCGCCAGUCGCCAAAAGUAUACGUCGCUGCUAAAUUCCAAUAAUGAAGAUGGCAAUGGUAAGGGCGGUGUUGGUAAGCGCAACGAAGCUGACACCAUCGACAAUACGGUGCAAAUGUAUAACUUGUCGAAGAAGUGUUGCAAGAAUUACUAUCGACGCGGCGACGAACCGACGUCAGCGGCAUUGGCGGCUAAGGGAAAGUCUGCAGAGGGCGGCUAUCGCUUGCAUGCCAAGUGCAUGGAAAGCGCCAACUCGUCAUCGGACGAGAGUUUGCAGAAGCCAACAUCAUCCAUUGAGUUUUUGACGUGCUUCCUGGUGAAAAAGUCGCGUGCACCCAAAGGCGCGGGCAUUAGUGGCGGCAGCGGCAAGAAAUCGUCGUAGGACACGGUGUCAAAGCGUCGCAGUCAUUGUUUCUGAAUAUGUUGUUGGGGGGUCGAGGAUGUGGAAGAAGGCGCUGUAGCGAGCCGCAGUUGCGGGGGUUGGUUGGGUUGUUGGCGCAGUACUUGCUGCGGUAAGCUUGAAAGUCAGUGAAGUAGUGGCAGCUGAGGUCAGGUGAAGGCGAGGCGAGUUAGAUGAUUGACGAUUGGCGUUAGAAGACUGCCGAUUUACGCAGUCAGGCGGUUGUAAUGCAACACAACAACAAUGCACAGUAGCAACAACAAGCUGCUGUACUUUCACACUUUGUUUGGCAAUGAGUUGCCGAAGCUGUCAAGGGUAAACUGCAAGGACUUCGAGUUGCUUGCGCGCGUUGUGGGAUUAUUACAACAAAGCAUUGUUGUUGGCAAAUGCGAAAGUGUAAUAUGCGAACGCUAAUAAUUUAUAAAAUUUGUAAGACAUGCUAAUAAGUCUGCACUUGGCACACAUACAGACUUAUGUAUGCUCCCAAAAAGUGAAUAAAAAAAAAAUUGUUUUAAGUGUAAUUAUUAAAAAAAUUAAAUUAUGUUAAAAUCAAUAAAUAAACCAAACAUAAAAACAACAAUAACCAUAACGGUAGUGCGUGUUAAGUGAAUGCGGAAGUAAAAUAUUCAAUUGGUGCCUAAAUGUUAGUUCCGUAGAGUAGAACAGCCACAUUGGCCAGCAGCAAAUUAACAGUUAACCAAUGGCUGAGGUGUUUUUUGUUAACCUUGUAAGCUUUAGGCCGUAGUAGUAACUUUUAAGAAUCGACUUAAGUGUCAUACGUUGCACAUUUUCAGUUAUAUAUAUUGCAAAUGUUACUGGUGAGGCGGUGUUUCGGUGAACCAUUACAAAAAAAAAAAAAUUAUAAAUAAAAUUUGGGGGAAUUUAGUUGGGAACAAGCUUUAUUAGAAUGCGGAGUUUUUGGUUUUUAAUAAAUAUACUUCCCAUGCGGUUUUCUAAACGAGCAGGAAUAUGUUUUUGAAAUGAGACUACGAAAGAGACUUAGAAGCUAUUUAUGUGCCAAUCGAUCAAGGUCUAUAUACAACAGUUGUGAAUAAUCUUCAGUAUUUAAGUAAAGUUCCAGAACUUUGUGCAUAAAAUAUUCAAAACUGAACUUUAUGUUGGUGUGUUUAAUUGUUUGGGAGACUAAAAGAGCAACUAAUCCUUAAUAACUCGAUCCGUUGGUAGAACCAUUACCUUCGAAGUUGAGCAUCUUACUGUAUGUAAAUACCUUUGUCGAUGCAGUUUUUGAAUUUUUCUUCCAUAAUUUUUUUUAUAUUAAAUUAUGGAUUCUCAGUUAAUUGUGAUCAGAGAGAAGAUAAGAUGAAAACUGUACUAUUAAAUUAUUCAAAAAAGCUUUUCUAGUUUCAGAAGCAUGAAAUUCAAUCAUUGAGAUAUGAUUAGUUUUCAGUAUCUUAGCCAAGUUUCGGAACUUCAUUCAUAUUUAUAUAUACCAUAUAUGCUACAUGGGUUGAAAAGUCCUUGACCGAGAGAUCACCUCAAAGAAGAAAUCUCUAUACCUCUUAAAUUAAGAACUUUACACAUAGUAUUUUCAAAGUUGCCUGACAAUACAUUUAAUCGUUCUCUAGUUAUUGGAAUCCAAGUCGAUCAAAAAGAGAAAUCUUCAAAUAGCCAGCACAUGAUAUUAAAACGAGCGAAGAUUUGUGGCAAUGAAAUAUGGGUACAUCAUUACACUCCUUGUAAGUCCAAUCGGUAGUCUACUGUAUUUUCUCAGAUUAACUUGACAUUAUAUACGGCGUUAUUGGAUCGAUUGAAUGCCGAGAUGAAAGUUAGGUCAAAGCUGUAACAAAUUUGUAUUUCUUCAUAUCAGCAAUAUAUUAUUUUUAGUAGAAUGGUAUAUUAGCUGGAGACCCUUAGAGAUACAUUUCUGUAUGCCAUAAGUAGUUUUCUCAAUUCAGAAGUUCCAUUUUGUUGAUUACUUCGAAUAGGCUUAAUUUGAAACGUUAUAAAUAUUGCUUUUGAUGGUUUUGUUGCAACAAAGGAAGGAGUUUUGACUUCUGAAGAAGUUUUUGGGAUUAUCGUACCAUUGUAAUCAGAUCUUCCAAGCAAAAAUUCUGUAAGACUCCAAUUUUGAAAGCAAUUGCGAGAUCAGUUUCUGGAGAGAAGUUAACGGUUGGAGCUUAAAAUAUGACAUGCCGAAGUUUAAAUCUGAAGGAGUGUUUCUAGUUUUUCAAAAUUUUAGAGUAUUAAUACUCUAAGAGGUUUGGGAUGUUGUGUUGGAGUAAUAACAACUGAUCUUUAGGAAAAGUUUCCUGUAUAUUGGUUACUGGGUUCAUGAAAAUUAAAUUUUUUAGCAUUUUAUGUUCUUAUAUUAUCACUAAUUUAUAACUUGAAAUCAUAUAUGUGUAUUUCUCAGCUACUCUCAGCUAGCUUACCGCCUGCAGUAACAAAAGAAUAACGGAAUAUUUAAGCAAGAUAUGCAUAUUUGACAUGCUAUAUUUUUUAAUAAAUAAAACAACUAAAUUAAAAUAAAGUAACUACAAUAAAAAAGAUAAUUUUUGUACCUUCUUUUAUACCAAGAACCAGAUACAUGUGUUUUUAUACCAACAAAUAAGAGAAUUUAGAGCAAACAAUUGCAUAGAUUUAAGUCGCAAAGUCAAGUUUAAGUGCACUCAAUGAAAAUAUAUAUAUAUAUUAAUUCUUAUAUAAAUAAGGAAAUAAAAUAAUGAACGUCAUAUAAGUAUAUGCAAUCAAAGCGUUGAAGUAGUUGAAAUGCCUAGAAAUUAGGGUCAAUGUAAGCGAGCAUUAAUAUUAAGCUUGAAUCUGCAGAGGACAGCAGACAUAACGGUGUAUGUGUAUAUGAAUUUGCAAAGAAAUAUAUAUGAUAUAUAGACAAAAGAAUUUAAACAAUGAAGAUCUAACUGGGACAUUGCAUUACUUUGAAGGAGACGCGGAAGCAAGGAAUAUAUGUGUGUAUUUAGACAGGCAGUUGAAGGAAAGGCAUGGGUGCUUCACCUUGUUCCCUUUAACGGAUGUUUAGACGUGUAUGUAUAUAUGUAUAUGUAAAUAUGUGGAUAUAUGUGUAAUUGUGUGCAAUGAGUAAUGCUGUAACGGUAAUUGUAGCGGUAAUCGCAUGACUCGUUGAAAGACAUCGCAAUCUUUUACAGUUGUACAAAAGUAACAACUAAUACAAAUGUUAGGAAAAAAGUUGCGGCAAAAUGAUGUAUUGCACGAAAAGUCUCUCCGUUAGACAGUCAGAAAGUCGUUGAGGCGAAAGCCUUACAACGUUUGACAUUUGUUUGAUUUAAUAGCAGGAAAAUUGCGAUUUGACGAAAUCAAUUUCAUGCACUCAAGCGAAAAUUUUCACGUUCAUGCAUACACACACGCACAUACGAGUAUAAAUAUUUUCGAAAUAUUGUAUUUGUUGUUGUUUUUAUUAGCGAAUGCAGUGAAGCGCAGCAACUCAGCGAGCGAAUCAAACGGAAUGCAAUCGAGCGCUCUGCACUGACAUGGAAUCGGUGACACUAUUUUGUAAACAACAACAAUUACGUAUAUACAUACGUACAUACAUAUAUAUAUAUUCACAUAUGCAUAUUAGUAAUUUAUGAUCUGAGGCAAUGCAUAAUAAAUAAAUGCUCUAAAUAGAGUGAAUUAAGUAAAUAGACAAAAUCAAAGUGAAAUUGCAAACCAAUAACCAACAAAAACAAAAGCAAAAUCAAAUGCAGACGAGUAAUAUUUACUGAAAAGCAAAGAAAAACAACAUUCACAUAUACUCAAAGUGCUAACACACACUUACACAUGCAUUGCAUAUAUGCCUAGAGGUCUUUUAAGCAAACUCGUCAGUGAAAAACCAAAACAAAAGCGCUUAAAGCCGGCUUAUCACGGCAGCAAAAACACACAGUUAUAGUAAAUGAGACAAAGAGUAAUAAAGAAAACCGAAAAAUAAAAACAAAUGUAAACAAGUAAUAAAAGCAAUACACACAAUGUGGGGAAAAUGCUUUGGAGCCUACUAAAAUAUUUAAGCAAAUAAAGUGGAUUUAUGGCAAAACAAAGUGAAGCAAAGCGAAAGAGAGAAAAACGAAACAAAAUAAAGGCAGAAAGUAGCAAAAUAAACAAAAAAAAAAAAAAAAUAAUAAUAAUAAGUACACAAAACAAACAACACAUAGACAAAAUAAUGUUUUUGAAGGAUUUUUUAUGAAUUCCUUUUGAAAAAAUGGUAUUAAAAUAAAUAGCAAAAUAAAAAAAUGAAUUUAUUUAAACUACUAAAAAAUACGUUUAAGUAAGAAAGAAAUUACUAAGAAAAUGUAAAAAUAUACAUACGUAAAUAUUUAUCUGUAUAUUAGGGUGAGCCAAAAACUGAAUUUAUAUAUAUAAAUAGCAAGCAAAAAAAUCUGUUUUCUUUAAAAUACCAUACCUUUUGAACCGUUUAGGAUAAAAAUACUUACAUCGCGAAUUCUUGUAGAGCAUACAAUUUCCUCAAGAGUUCCAAAAUUCGUAUCUUGAAAAGCUUUGAACAGGGUAUUGUAAGUUUGCCGCGAAGUUUGUAACACCCAGAAGGAAAUGUCGGCGACCCUUUAAAACAUAUAUACGAGUAUAAAUGAUUCGCAUGGCAAGCUGAGUCGGACAUGGCUACCGUCUAUUUGUCCAUCUGUAUAUACGAGUCUUCGGUUUUUGAGAUAUCCUUUUCUCAUCAAGAAGCUGCUCAUUUGUCGAAAUCGCCCAUAUCGAACAACUAUAGCAUAUAGCUAUCAUACAAAACAGAACGAUCGAAAGCAUGUAUUUGUAUGGAAAGUCUUUUCAUUUUACGAGAUAUCUUCAAGAAAUUUAGCAUGGCUUAUUCUCUAAAGCAGUCGUACAAUUUCCGGAGAAAUUGUUCAGAUCGGAUCCCUAUAGCAUCUAGCUGCGAUACAAACUGAUUGAUCGAAAUCUACUUGUAGUUCUCAUAAGGGAUAUUUUGUAUUUAUGAAGGUAAUUAUAGCUACGGUGCAACCGAAGUUAAUGUUGUUUCGUUUAUUUUUUUAAUAAAAAAGUUAGCUUGGUUCUAGUUUUUUGUUAAAUAUGCGCAUUUUUAAUAACUGCUACUAACUUCUAUAUAUACAAAUUCUUUAUUUUUCAAAAUUUCCUUUAAGGUAAAUUUUCCGGGAAUUUGUGGUGUUAAAACUUGUCUCCUAAACAGUUUAAGUUCGGUUAUGAUUAUUUUGAUGAAAAGCAAUUUUUACGUGUUAUUAAUAUGGGAAUCUGGGAAAGCUCUCGGUCACCGUUUGAAAUUAAGCUAAACAAUUUUCUAUGCCAGGAUAUUUGCUUUCCUCUAAAUAGAUUAAUCUUAACACUUUAAACACGAUAGGAAAUUUUUUAGCUCACCCUAAUAUUACAUUCUAUGCGUAAUGACAACUGAUGUUGAGGUUGUUUUUUUUUGAAUAAGUUUCAUAUGAAAAGUUAACGUUAACAGAUUUUAUGAAAAAAUAUUAAACAUACAUUUAUAAGAAAAUACCAUAGAGUUAUAUAGGAAAUAAGAAAAAAUUAAGUUUCGACCUACAUAGAUGAGGAAUAUGAAUUAUCUAAAUAUAUUCAUAUAUUCGUCGUAUUUUAUUUUAAAUUUCAUAAGUGAACUACAUUAUUAGUCAAAACGAAGUAGUUUGGAAAACUAUAUUUUUAAUUUCACUUCAGACUUACUGAUUAAAUUUUCGAUUACUAAAAUGCUACUUUGUUCGACUCUUCGCUAACACGACGUCUGACAUUACUUUUUUAUUUAGGGGAGAGAGAAAGUGAAAAAUGAAUCGAUGAGUUUAAAUGAAGGCUGGCUUCUUAUAAUGGAGAUCGUAACUUGUUACAGUGACAUACAAAACUUUCACAUACGGUAACCUUUAGGAGGAUCUGUUAUUGCAGUCCUGCCGGCUUAUGUAGUUUGUUCGAUUCGGUACUCUUCAGCGCUUGGCGAAUCGAAGACAGCUAUUGUAAAAAUAAAACCGUAAAAAAGUAAAUAACGGUAAUAAGUUAUGCAUUUCUUUAUUACUAAGCAACAGAGUAAUACUUCUAUUAUUGCGACAGAUAUUUUAUUGUGUUUACAGAGUAAUCAAGCUGAAGUGUUAUCAAAUUUCAAUUUAAAUCAAAUUAGUUGAAAAUAUCAGAAGAAACCGAUUGUUAUUGCUAAGAAAGCUACUCAUAUCAUCUUAAGAUAAUUACCAUUUACACCACACAGAAACACCAUCCAUACAUACAUAUAUAUCACAGAAAAAAAAACACAUUUCGUGAAACACAACUGAAGAAUCCUAUGAGGAAUAGUUUUCUUGAAAAAUUGUUAACAAAUCUUAGCAAAUAAAAUAUCAAAAUCGAUUGUUAAUAAUAGAAAAUUUAGUAAAAUUUAAUUGCAGCAUAGUAUAAAUAUUUUAGUGCGUAAUUUAGUAAAUAUAUACAUACAUAUUUAUAUAAAUUAAGAACAGUAACAAGUGUCUAUAAAGUAAAACUUCAUUUUAGUAUUCUAAAGUACAUUCUAAAUAUUUAAUCACAUUUAUAGAUAUGUAUGUGUUUAUGUAACGGUUUUACUCAUUACAAAAAGAAAACAAACAAAAAAAAAAAAAGAAAUUGAUGCGUUUGAAACUUACGAUAGAAGUCGUUUUUCCAAAUAGUUUAUUAAGCUCAACAUAUACACGCAUACAUACCAACUUGAGUAUAUAAUGUAUUUAUAAAAAAUAUUGAUUUAGAUCUUGGAAUGUUGCAGAAAUUUUACUGGAUGAUUAUCAAAGUAAUCAAUGUAGAAUACUACAGAGUACUAUUACAAGUAUUUAGAUUCGAAGUGUUUAACUAUUAUAAAUACAAGCGCACAUGUAAGUACAUAUUAUAUAAUCAUCAUUAUAUAAUAUACAUUGGGGUAUCCGUUAUUUCGCAAGUUGAUUUUUGAUUUUUGCAAACGCUCGAUGAAUUUUCAGUUUGUGCCCCAAAAACAUGGAUGCAACAUAAAGAAACUCUUUAUGCCUAAAUCAUUUUACUUUUCGCCUCUAUGUAACAGGAGAUUUUUUGACGGUUCGCAUUAAGCAAGCAAAUCUAUAACUUUGAGGAAUUUGUUGCUCUACAAAAAAUAUCCGAAUGAAUUUUUCCAUAAGAGCAUUCCUUUAGUAGCUAUAUGCAGUUAAAGUUACACAGCAAAUGUACAGAGCAUUCAUACAAAUGAUUUAUACAUUAAUUGUUGCUCAUACGACAUGGUGUACUAUAUGAGUACUUAACUUUAACUGCGUAUAACUUUUAAAGGAAUGUUUUUAUGGAAAAAUCCAUUAAGACCUUUUUGGUACAGUUUUAUUUUAUAUUUGAAUAUUAUUCUUUCAAAGUUGUAGGUUUAUUUGCUUUGUAAAUCAACAAUUUAUUGCAAAAGUUUAAAAAAUUAUUUUACAUAGAAUUGCUGAAAAGUAAUAUGAUUUAAACACGUUUGAAAAUGAAAAAAAAAAUUUUUUUUAAUAUUUUUAUUUUGCGAAAACUGAAACCAUAGCGGGCGUUGGCAAAAAAAAAAUCAAUUUGCGAAAUAGCGGACACUCCAAUAUGCAUACAGAUAUGAAGCUAAUUAUUGCUUGAAAAAUUACCCCAUAAAUUACUUAAAACUUAAGUCUUAACUUAAACAUAACCUAAAAAGUGUUUUUUAGAAUUUAGCACGAAUGGUAGAUAUUUAUAGUAACAACGUCGGCAAAUCUAUUUGAGCGUUAAAAUAUGCAUAUCAAUUAGACACAUACUUACGAGAAACUUCCAAGUGAAAGCCGAAAGAAAGCGCUAAGUUCAUUUUAAAUACAGAGUUCAACUCAUACUUAAGCUCACGCCAUCUACAUAUAUUAUACGUCUACUCUACUUUACUCAUGUGCACUCAUACAUAUUUAAUACUAGAAUACGAGGUACUAGAAAUAGCGGUGCACACAUCUACUUAUGUAUAUCAUAUACUAUAUGUUAUCAAUGUAUGUGUUAAGUGACUUCAAAGUCGAAAAUAUUAAAAUAAAAACCAAAAGAAAUACGCUAAAAAUAUGGAAACGGUAGACAA